AUGAUACGCCGGAGAAGAUCGACUAAAAGAGGCGGCCGCGGUGAUGGAUCAGUUCCGGUGUACCUUAAUGUAUACGAUCUAACCUCCAUCAAUGGAUAUGCUUAUUGGCUUGGACUUGGGGUUUACCAUUCUGGGAUUCAAGUUCAUGCAGUAGAAUAUGCAUUUGGAGCACAUGAAAGCUCAACAACUGGGAUUUUUGAAGGAGAGCCAAAACACUGCGAAGGGUUUAUAUUCAGAAAGUCAAUUUUGAUGGGAUGGACAGAUAUGACUCCAGGAGAGGUGAGGGGAGUAAUGGAAGAAUUUGCACAAAAAUACAGAGGAAAUGCUUAUAAUUUGAUUACUAAAAAUUGCAAUCAUUUUUGCAAUGAUGCUUGCAUUAAACUCACUGGGAAUUCAAUCCCAAGUUGGGUUAAUCGACUUGCGAGAAUUGUGAACUUAAAGUUGAUGAAAGUUGGGCACCUUAAAAUUGAAGAUAAGGUCUGUGAAGGGGAGGAGAAGAAUCUGAGAAGCAGUUCGUCUCAAUCACAUUCUUCACCUCUCCCAACAACCACAGCCAGUCGAAGCAGAAGUUGUUCGCAGGGGAGCUCCACCCCUUGA